CUCUCUCCCUCUCUCUCUACCUCUCUCUCUCUCUCUCUCUCUCUCUCUCUCUCUGUGAGGACUCUUGGAGGGAUACCGUAUUUUUGCUGCAUGUCUCCCUCUCACUGGGAAGUUUGGUGACUAGCCUGUUUUAGUGUCUCUCUCACUCUGUCAUCACUUGUUCAGCAGAACUCGUCUCUCCUCCCUGUCUCACUCUCUGAUCACCGUCACUCCGGGACUCAUCUGUGCUCCAAGUCUCACACUCUCAUCUCUUAUUCACUCCAUUUUCUGCGAUGGUCUCUGUCAGGUCGAAUAGUAGGAGGAGUUUGGUGGUUCUUCACGUUGAUCAUCAUCUCGUCCUACACGGCGAACCUAGCGGCGUUCCUGACUGUGGAGCGAAUGGUGUCUCCUAUUGAGAACGCUGAAGAUCUGGCCAAGCAGACGGACAUCGCAUACGGGACACUGGACUCUGGUUCCACUAAAGAGUUCUUCAGACGCUCUAAGAUAGCAGUGUUUGAGAAGAUGUGGUCGUACAUGAAGUCGGCCGAGCCGUCGGUGUUUGUGAAGACGACCCCAGACGGCGUGGCUCGCGUCAGGAAAUCGAAGGGGAAGUUUGCGUUUCUGCUAGAGUCUACGAUGAAUGAAUACAUUGAACAACGCAAGCCAUGUGACACCAUGAAGGUUGGCGGAAACCUCGACUCCAAGGGCUACGGAGUCGCUACGCCAAAGGGCUCGGCAUUAAGAAGUGCUGUGAACCUGGCUGUGUUAAAGCUGAACGAGCAGGGCCUGCUGGACAAGCUGAAAAACAAGUGGUGGUACGACAAGGGGGAAUGUGGCAGCGGGGGAGGGGACUCCAAGGACAAGACGAGUGCACUAAGUCUCAGUAAUGUAGCCGGGGUGUUUUACAUCCUGGUCGGAGGUCUGGGACUCGCCAUGACGGUGGCGCUAGUCGAGUUCUGCUACAAGUCUCGACAGGAGACCAAACGGCUCCGACUGCUGAAUCCUGCUCAGAACAUUAAACAUCCGUCCGGCUCUCAGGGCUUCACCACCUACAGAGAAGGCUACAACGUCUACGGCACAGACAGCAUCAAGAUAUAGAGCUUGUCACACGUGUAUCACAGGAUAUCCCUAAUAAAAAGGAAAGCGUAGAGUUUACAGAUUGUAUCACGAGGUUCACUGUAAUGUCCUGUAAUGUCCUGUAAUGUCCUGUAAUGUCCUCUUUAAUCUCAUCACUAUUUACUUAUUAUUCUUAUUUACUUGCUAAAUCUUUACAAAUGAUCUUUUAUUUGUUUUUUCUCACAGAUCUAGAUUUUAUUGCUGUGUUUAGAUACAGAAGGUCCACAGGAGGUCCGAAACCCAGCAACUGCUUUUAAUAGGUCACACCCCUUUGAGAUUGGCCCCGCCCACAACAUUAAUUUCCACCUUGGAUCUGCUGUAACCAUAGCAACCGCUCUCAGAUAUCGCUGUACUCCCAAUAACUCGGUGCCUUACAGGAAACACGUUAAGCAUUCAACAGAACUUCCUCUCCAGUCCACACAGUCCUGCUUUUACCCCAGACUGCUUCCUCUUUACCCCUCAGUCAGCUCAUCUGCACCACAGAAGGGUUUAAUCACAUCAUGCUCACGCUGCAUUUAACCUCCAAAUGGGAGAGGAGCUUCACCGGCGUAGAGCAGCGCUUAAUAAAGUAGGGGUCAUGACCUCAUGUAAAGUCUACUGAUGUGCAGUCAUAGAGAGAAACUCGUGUUUAAAAUGUCUUUAGUAUUUUAACAUCAGAAAUAUUAAAGACAUGGAAUUGAGUCACAUUCAGACAUUUAAAUGAAUAGAAGUUCAAAUAACUUCCACUUCUGUUUCUCAGGCUUCACGCUGAUUGUUCAUGUUCCCAAAUGUAUGUGCACUUUAACCUUUUAUGGUGUUUUGUGGCUGUUACUUUAUGUAAACAAGCUGAAUCCAACAUACACAUAAACACAAGGGCAAAGAAAAUGUAGGUUCUCUUCAGCUUUCGCAAAGAACUUUGAUGAGUCUUAAACUUGUACUAAAGACAGAUUUACAGUCAUAUAAAAAAGGUAAAUAAUGAAGAGCUUUGGAGGUUUGUGCUCACAGAACAUCUUUAUUUCUAUUUGUGGACAUUUGUCUCCAUUGUCUCCACUUCAGCUGGUUAGAGUUACUGAUGUUCUCCACACUACAGUCCAGAUCAUCUCAUGUACUGAACUCCAUGUUGUCAGAGCGUUUCAUUCAGAUGUCCUAGUGCUUUAUAUCAACACUAGAGCUUAAGAGCAUCUCAGUUCUGUAUCAGCAUCAUCUGUAAUCAUCUCUAGAGCGGAUCGGUUCUAAUCCGCAGUGCUUCCAGAUUCGUUACGGUGCUCUUCAUGUUGGAAAGAACAGACACGGUGGAUUAAUGAGGUGAAGGAUGAACUCAUUUUGGUCUGCUUUCUUUCAUUUAGAUGCCAAAAGAAUGCUGAGAAAGUGUUUAAUUUCAGCUUGUUGAGUUCGUUUUAAUUGUUUUAGAACAAUGAAUUUAUAAACACGUGACUUAUUAUCAGAUGAAGUUGCAUGUUAGAGAUCUGAGUAGUGAAAGGUCAAAGGUCAUCCUCUAAGUUUUCUGUCAUUUAGGAAAGCAUCAACUGCCUGCAUGAGUAGCUGCACAAAGGUUUCAUUUUAUUUUGUGAAUAAAUAUAAGAAUGUGAAAGUGUCUUUAA